UCCGCCGCCCGCCGCUUCCCCUCCGCCGCGGAACUCCCGGGCCCGGCCGCGGCAGCCGCCCGGCGGGGAGCGGAAACGGACGGAGCGGGGCUGGCCGCCAUGGCGCGGGACCCGGCCUUCGUGCUGCGCUACCUGGCCGAGGUGGAGGAGCUGGCCGAGGACGUGCUGGCGGCGCGGCAGCAGAUCGUCGACCUGGACGUGAAGCGGAACCGGAACCGCGAGGCGCUGCGGGCGCUGCACAAGGACCCGGAGCCCGAGGGAAAAGCCACGGUCUGCUUCGGGAACAUGUUCAUCGAGCUGCCCAAGGCGAAGACCAAGGAGAUGCUGCAGAAGGGUACGGCGGGCCCUGCCCGGUGCUGGCCGUGACGAGAUCAGGAACAUCUGGACGAGGAGAUAAACAACCUCCGGAAGGAGCUGCGUGUGAAGGUCAACCGUCUCUUUGAAGCUCAAGGUAAACCUGAGCUGAAGGGAUUUAACCUGAACCCCAUGACCCCGGAAGAAAUGAAACUCAU